AUGACAUCUUUGAUUUUGGUACAGGUCAAGCAAUUGCUGGUGAAAAAUUCUCAAGAACAUGUAAUUGCUACAUGCAGGAAUCCCAAUGGAGCAGCAGGGCUAAUUGAGUUAAAAAACAAAUUUUCUGAAAGGCUACAUAUUCAAAGGUUGGAUCUUACAAUUGAAAGCACAAUAGAGGAGUCUGCAAAGGCCAUAGGCGAGACGUAUGGCCACUUAAAUCUUCUUGUUAAUGCAUCUGGUAUUCUUUCAAUACCAGAUGUUAUACACCCAGAAACAACAAUGACCAAAAUAGAGAGAUCAUCGUUACUGCUUGCUUAUGAGGUUAAUGCAGUGGGUCCUAUUUUGGUGACGAAGCAUAUGUGGCCUUUGCUUAAGGUUGGAGGUGGCAGUGGAACUGAAAGAGAUGUUGCUGUUGUGGCUAACAUAAGUGCCAGGGUUGGCUCAAUUGGGGACAACCGUUUAGGUGGAUGGCAUUCAUAUCGGGCCUCCAAGGCUGCACUUAAUCAGCUAACCAAAUGUGUUUCUGUUGAAUUUGCCCGAAAGAAGGAUCCAGUGAUAUGCAUUUUAUUGCACCCUGGAACGGUGGACACGGAUCUCUCUAAGCCAUUCCAAAAGAAUGUUCCGAAAGACAAGCUCUUCACUAAAGAAUUCUCCGUACAAAGGCUCUUGGGCAUCAUCAACAGCAGCAAGAGCCAUGACAAUGGCAAAUUCUUCGCUUGGGACGGUAAAGAAAUCCCUUGGUGAUCUAUUCAUAUCCGCUUGAAAUUACUAUCAUUUGUUUUCGAUGAUAUAUGUAUGGAUAGCCAUCACCGAACAUAACACAAGUUGUGCAUUGUAAACGGGCAAAGUCGAACAUGUUGAUUCAUUCUUUAGCCAAACAAAGCGUUCAACUCAUACAGGGCAUACGAGAAAUUUUCAUUUUCGCGAGAAGGUGAGAGAAUUUGGAGGUAUUUUUUAUAUUUUGUGAAUGUUACAUUAUAUUGUAUUGAAACCGAGUAUAUUCCGAUCACAUGACCUUCACACAAAAUAAGAUUAUCUCCACAUGUCACACCACAAACCUUCUUGUCCAGUGCUCGUAGAAGACGAUGUGGAGAGCGGUAGAGUGGAGAUAGAGAUAAGGAAAUCUAAAUACAGUCAAGAGGAAGAGUGUGUAUCAAAAGGUUGUUGAUAAAAGUGAAUGCAAUGAUAAGUUGUACAUAGAUGUAAAGAGAAGAAGAAACUCUGAAUUUAUGAAAAGCGAA